AUGAGGAUUAAUAAGUUCCUGCUUCGCUACUUUCCGCCAGGUGUUGGCUGGGAAUAUACGAAACACGGACGGUCUAAGAUUAAGAUGAAUGAUCUUAUCAAUUUUUCUGACAAGACAAAUGUACUGCAGUUGGUGGAGUUAAUUGCAAAACAUGAGCCACUUAUAACAGAGAAAAUUGUUCAGCAGUUAAUAGAUUUACUUUUGAAGCUACAGAAGAAACUUAAGGAAUCUGUAGAUCAUCGGUUUCAGAAAUGCUUAGUACUUAAAGCUCAUUUACUACCUCUUACAAAUGUUGCAUUUGAUAGAGAAGGGAAAAAGUGUCUUACAGGAAGCUAUGAUCGAACAUGUAAAAUGUGGGAUGUUGAGACAGGCAAAGGACUCCUUAACCUGGAAGGACAUAAGAACAUUGUGUAUGCAGUUUCUUUCAACAACCCACAUAGUGACAAAAUCCUCACAGGAUCAUUUGAUAAAACUGCACGCUUGUGGUCAUCAGUCACAGGAGAAUGCCUUCACACAUACUGGGGUCAUACAGCAGAAGUUGUCUGUGCACAAUUCAGUCCACUGAAUACUACUAUAGCUACAGCAUCAAUGGAUUGUACUGCUCGUUUACACAAUACACUUACAGGGCAGGAAGUUUCUGUUCUUGAGGGUCAUACAGGAGAAGUUAUAGCCUUACAGUUCAACAAUGAUGGACGUCAGCUACUUACAGGUUCCUUUGACAACUCACUCAAACUGUGGGAUGCCAGAACAGAAAAGUGCAUUGGUACUAUGCUUGGACACAGUGAAGAGAUCAGUUCAUGUCAAUACAAUUUUGACUGCAGUCUUAUUGCCAGCAGUUCAAUGGAUAAAACAGCUAAAGUGUGGGAUCCAAGAUCAAUGUCAUGCAUUGCAUCCAUAUCAGGCCAUGACGAUGAGGUGUUGGAAAUAGCAUUUGACUCUGCAGGAAGACGGCUUGCUACAGCAAGUAGUGAUGCCACAGCACAAAUAUGGGAAGUUAACGGAAAUCUAAUCAAACUUGCUACUAUGGAAGGUCACACCAAGGAAGUAUCCAAGGUGUGUUUCAAUCCAGCAGGUUCUCAAUUACUGACAGCAUCAGCAGACCAUACGGCACGACUGUGGGAUUCAGAAACAGGGAAGUGUCUACAGAUUCUUGAAGGGCACAAAGAUGAUGUAUUUUCUUGUGCUUUUAAUUACAAAGGAGACGUUAUAGUUACUGCAUCAAAAGACAAUACUUGCCACAUAUGGAAAUAA